CAGGCUCCUCGCUGGGAGAAGCACAUGGUUAGAGCAGGGGGAGUUGCUGAGUCGGGGCAUCCGCCGUCCGCGCGGCGUCCUCCGCAUCCCCGGGUGAUCGCUUGGUACCCCGAUUCCCCAGCUCCUCUCUGAUGGGGAGUCUCGAGUGAGAUGUAUCGCUCUGGCUUCCGCUGCCAACGCCACCACGCCGUGAUCGGACCGCCGGGGAGGACUGAAAAGGUAGCCGCGGAGUCUCCGCCAGUGCCUCCAGCAACCCAGAGGAACGGGGAGCGGCGGCUCGGAGCGCUUUCCGAAACGCGCCGGCGAUCGGGUCCACGAAACUUUCGAAUCGGGGUCGCUUGGCGAAGCCCUCGGAAGUGGUGUAUGCGACGCUGCCCUGGAAUCUGAAAAACGAGGAAAAACAGCUGGUUUUACUAGAAGAGGGGUGGGAAGCCCCACUGUGACAAAACAGGACCGAUUUUUAAAGUGACAACUCAAGAUUAGAAGGGGAAAACCCCCCAAGAAUCAGGCAAGAAAGCCACCCUCAAGUCUGUAUCUGCCUGACCUGCAGAAUUAUAUUUGGGAGUUGGGGGGUAUUGUCUCCCCACUUUUCUGAAAUAAGAAUAACCCCCAGGCUCACCUUGUUCCCACUCCCACUUCUCUUCUCCCUCUCAAAUGCAAUUUUUUUCUUUCCCUUAUGUUUGGCAUCUCCUUCUUGUCCCCCUCCACCUUUGAACUGAACUUUCGCACCCUUGACCGCUGUGGUUUAUCCACUUCCACACUUUUCUGCCUGGCCUUCUCUGGGGCUGCCACCGCAUUCAGCCCCACCAUGCUCUCCAACACCACCAACAGCUCCUCUAGCGGGAUCGUCGGACUGGCUGAGAGCAGCAAGCCCCUGACCAUCCCCAUGGUCAUGUUCAUUUUUGGGGUAGUGGGAAACCUCACGGCCAUUGUGGUUCUUUGCAAGUCCAGGAAAGAGCAGAAGGAGACCACGUUCUACACACUGGUCUGUGGAUUGGCUGUCACCGACCUCUUGGGGACUUGCCUGGUCAGCCCAGUUACUAUUGCUACAUAUCUGAAGAACGAAUGGCCUGGUGGGCAACCAUUGUGUGAAUACAGCAGCUUCAUCCUCCUCUUCUUUGGUCUGUCUGGACUCAGCAUCAUCUGUGCCAUGUCCAUAGAGAGGUACCUGGCCAUCAACCAUGCCUACUUUUACAACCAUUACGUGGAUAAGAAACUGGCAGCACUCACUCUUUUUGCUAUCUACGUUUCUAAUGUCCUCUUCUGUGCCAUGCCAAGCAUGGGUUUGGGGAAGACAAAACUCCAGUACCCAAACACAUGGUGCUUCAUAGACUGGCAGACUAACAUGUCCACCCAUGCUGCUUUCUCGUACAUGUAUGCUGGCUUCAGCUCCUUCCUCAUUAUGGUCACUGUGGUUUCCAACAUCUUGGUGUGCAUGGCCCUGAUCCGCAUGCACCGACAAUUCAUGCGGCGCACCUCCCUGGGAACAGACAACGCCACUAGCCGCUUGUCAGACUUUCGCCGGCGCAGGAGCUUCCGACGCAUGGCUGGAGCAGAGAUCCAAAUGGUCAUCUUGCUCAUUGCCACUUCCCUGGUCGUAGUAAUUUGCUCCAUUCCUCUAGUGGUGCGUGUCUUUGUGAAUCAGCUGUACCGUCCGGAUAUAGUAAAAGACAUCCAGCAGAACCCAGACUUGCAAGCGAUCCGUAUAGCUUCGGUGAACCCCAUCCUUGAUCCAUGGGUGUACAUUCUGCUGCGCAAGACGGUGUUGAGCAAAGCCAUUGAGAAGGUCAAGUGUCUUUUCUGCCGCAUUGGUGGGGCUCGCCGGCAGCACUCAGGAAACAACUGCAACUGGGCAGAUGGCCACAGGACCUCCUCUGUCACAGCCAGCCAUUCACCCUCCUUCAUCUCUCGUGAGUUGAGGGAGAUCAGUAGCACUUCACAGACUCUGCUAUACCCCCUGGAGUCAAGUGAAGGGACGGUUGGGGACCGUAUGCUGUUACCAGGAACCAGCAGCUGUCUUGCCAAGUCAGAUAUUCCAUCUAUAAGGACCUUAAGGAGUUCAAACACCUCAGAGUCUUCUCAGGGGCAGGACUGUGAGAAUACUUUUUUGGUGAAUGAGCUAAGGCCUAGUGGUGUAGUUAGUAGCACUCCAAAGGGCAGCUCCCUUCAAGUCACUUUUCCCAGUGAAACUCUGGACUUCUCAGAGAAGUGUAUAUAAGCAGUAGAAAGAAUUAAGACACAGUUGGUCCUUAAGAAGUCAAGUGGGGAACUGGUACAAUGGACAUGCCAAAUGCCCAUCUUUGCCACCCAUUCUGUUGGCCUAUUCUGGCUAAGGCACAUACCUGAAGCUUAAUUGGCUUUUCCUACCCCAGGCUUGGGGAGCAAAUAGCCAUUUAGGGCAAGAUGGACUGGAAAUGUGCAUCGGGUGGGAGCCCAUGUGGAAUGUUGAACUAGUCGCCAUCAGAGUUAAGCACCUUGACUUGCAGCAGUCACAUCUCUCUCAACAUUGGUUGUAAGGAAAGAUGCAGCUGCUGGAUCUUUCCUGUUAUGUGAUAAGCACAGGCUUUUGCAAGGAAUGACUCAUCUUCUGCCAUCAAACCCUGCUAAAGUAACAGAGGAAUGUAAUGGUGUCUGAAGCACAGGUUGCUGCCUGUUGCCUUACCUUGCCCUGGGAGAUAGGACUGUCUCCACAAAGUCUGUGUUGAAAAGAGUCACCAAUCUUCUCCAUCUGUACAUGACUGAAGCAUACUUAUUCCACUUCAACCCACCCUUCAUAGCUUAGAGAGAAUUAAGUACAAGAUAGUUGCUAAUGGAGGAACAAACUGGUCCAGUUGAUAUGGAACUGAAAAUCUCUUCUAUGGUGUGAAAAAAAUGUGAAUUUUUCUGGCUGAAAUAUUGUGACUGACUAUAUUUAAGGAUUCUAUAUUCUUCUCUGUGAGAAGGUUUAUUAUUAAUACAAAGUAUAAAAAAAAGUAAUAUGGUCAGCACUCCUUUCUUAAUGUCUGCUGUUAGAUAAUUUUGCAUUAGAUUUAUUUUUUGAAAUUUGCAGACUCAACAGGCCAAAAUAGAGCUGAUUCAUGAGAUGAGAAUUGAGGAAUCUGGAAUUACAUGGGAACAUGUUUUGAUACCACUAUGGGAAUAAUAAAAGCUUUUAUGUUUUUAAAAUGUUUCUCAUAUUGUCUAAAGUCUCCUUUGAGUCAACCUUGACUCUUUGUGACUCCAUGGACACAGCUAUGGAACUGCACAUCCUUAAAAAAAAAAUAAAAAAAAAUAUGUGCUGUGAAUUUCUCUUUGAAAAGUGGUGGAUCCUAGCUAAUAAUGCAAUUCUGUUAAUGUCUGGUAUGGAUGGAUGGCCCACUGAGGCUUUACUCAGAAGUACAUCCCACAAUAUCAAUUCUUGCUCAUUCAAGCACUUCUUCACAUGCGUACAAGAUCAAGGUCCAAAACAUACAUCCCUAGCCAACAUCCUCUUUGCCUAAUCCUAAAUGUGUUUGCUCAGAAGUAUUUCAGAAUUCAGUGCAAGAAAGCAUCUUAAUCUGUGGGCUACUUAAUGUAAUCAGUGUUUUCCCCAUAGUGCUUAUGCCCAACCAGGAUUGAGGAAGGCCACCAGCGUCUUAAUGGAAAGUGUUUAUAUCCAGCCACUGCUGUUUGUGUACUUAUGGCAGCCCCCAAAAGGUCCACAGCAAAUGUUACGCAUAUGCAAAUGAGCACCACAUCAAUCUCUGCAUUAUCAGUGACCAUGUAAGAGUUGGCAGCUGUACAGUACACGGCACUACCACUCUUGAAAACAUCCUGUUGAAAGGUUUUGACUUCGGAGGUGCUUAUCUUGUAUACAUUCCACUCUAUGUAAAUGGAGAUACGGUUGCCAAAUGCUUACAUGAGCAAUAUUUUUCCAUUCUUCCUUGUUAAGGUUAUAGUUUACAUCAGCCUUCCCCAGUCUGUAUUGGAGUGAAUUUGCAAACAACUAGCCUAGAAUUUGCAAACAACUAGCCUUGUUGGAAUUCUGGAGGUCAUACAUCCAAGGUAUCUGGAGGGUGGGACCAUUCUAUAAGAAAUUGAGAAGCACAGGAAAUG